AUGAGCCGCCCAAAUCAGAGGAACAACCCAUACAACCUCCCACCACUCAAAGACAGGAUCCGGGAGACAAUCUCUACAUUUUUUAAAUUCGGAUACACCAGCUUUGGAGGUCCCAUGGUCCACACCAACAUGCUUAACGACGAAAUCGUCAUCAAACGUGGAUGGGCCUCACAGGAGCAGUUUGCAGAGCUCUUUGCCAUCUCUCAGUCGUUACCGGGUCCCGCUGCGGCACUGUUAGCCUACAGUCUCACCCUUCUCCGCUCCGGGUUCCUUUGUGCCGUCCUCGGAUUUAUCCUCUGGAGUUUUCCGGGGGCGGUGGUGUGCACUGUGGCAGGGCUGCUCAUUGGCGAUAUCAAGGGCGACCAGCCGAUCUGGGCGAUUCGUUUGGAGCAAGGUCUGGCAGCGGCAGCAAUCGGCCUAGUGGCCCUGGCAGCACACAAGAUGUCACGGAACCUCGCCACCGACAAUUUGACAAGGGUUUUAGCCAUGUGUGCUGCUAGUGUCUCGAUCUUGUACACUUCGGCUUGGGUAUUGCCAGUGGUGAUGAUAUCCGGAGGCUUGACCAGUUUUGUCUUUGACACUCUUUUGUCGCCGCUCCUGAACCAAAGAGAUGAAAAGAAGCGACUGCGACAAAGAGAGACCGAGGCAGCCUCAUUGAAGGAUGAUCUGGAGAAGGGGCAUGCCGCUGCUCAGGAGGCCGAAUUGGGCGACGACAAGGAAAACCAUGGUAAAAAUGACGACAGCGCCGGGCCCCUUUCUUCGAUGCAUGUGCAAAGUGACAAGGAAGAGAUUCCAGCCGUGAUUGUUGGCGAGUACGAUGAACAUGGAGACACGUCGCGCAAGCCAUUUUCAUACUCCAGAAAGCUGGGCCUAGUACUGCUGGUCUUCUUUAUCGGUUUUUUGGUUGCAUCCAUCCUUGUCCGAGCUCGAGUCACCUCCCAUGGCGCGCCUGGCUAUGGAGACCUCGCCUCCACCUUUUACUUUGUAGGCUCCAUCAUCUUUGGCGGAGGACCUGUUAUCAUCCCACUCCUCAAGACCUAUGUCGUCGAUUCCGGCUGGAUGACUAGCCAACAGUUCCUCAUCGGCCUCUCCCUUGUCCAGUCUCUUCCCGGUCCCAACUUCAAUUUUGCAUGCUAUCUCGGGGCAGUCGCCAUGAUCAACAUUGGCAAGAAUGGUCUUGCUGGCGCAAUUGUGAGCUACAUUGCCAUCUUUUGUCCAGGCCUGGUCCUCAAGAGCGUCAUCAUUCCAUUCUGGCAGCUGUUGCGAGAGCGCCCGGCGGUUAAGAGAGUGUUUCGAGGUGUCAACGCCUGUGCACUGGGAUUGAUAUAUUCGGCAGUGUGGAUGUUGUUUGAGCAGGUGGUUCCGUUGGGUGGCAGUGACGGGUAUCAUGUCGUCAUUGCUGGUGUCGCCUUUGUCACGGCAGGGUUCCUGAGAUUCCCGGCUCCAGUCGCCAUUAUUUUGGGAGGUGCAAUGGGGGCCAUCGAGUAUGCUGUUAGCGAUCGGUAG